AUGACUUUCGACAAAUCGUCGCAGGGAUAUUCACGUGAGUUUUUUUGGGGGAAGUAUGGGGCUGUCGAAAUUAUCUGAUUCAAACUAGUCUGAAAAUUUUCAUUUUGAAAUUCAGAUUUUCAAAUAAAAUCAAUCAAUCAAAUUUUUGUGAAACUCAAGAUUUUCGAGAUUAAAAACACUUGAAGAAAAUCUAAUUGAUUGAUAUUUUUCAAGAAUUUUAAUCUGAUUUUUCUCUUUGUUGUGAUAAAAAUUUAGAGAAACCUCAAAUUUUACUUCCACAAAAAUAAAUUUAAUUAAUUUUUGAAAAAAUUUUUAAUUAGCCCUGAAGCUUUGGAAAUCUUAUUUUAUUUUUACAAAUCUGAAAUUUUUUUCUGAAAGUUCUCUCAAGCUUCAGUCUGGUUUUUUGACAAAUAAUUUUGGAAAUAUUCCAGUUUUUCAAUUAGCUCUAAACAUUUUGUCUGAAAAUCCGAAUCAAAAAAUUAUAAUUUUUCCGAGAAAAAGCUGAAAAUGAAUUUCUAAUCAGGUUUCAUGAAUCAAGAAUCUCUUCUCAUUUUUUAUAGCUCAAUACUAAUUAGGCUCAGGCUUAAGCUCCAAUAUUCCACGAAAAAUCUUCUGAUUUUUGUGUCUAGGGAUUUCGUCAUUUUCGAAGAACACAAUUUUUGCAAAUUUUCUGGUAGAUUAUUUUUUGUCUGGAAAAAUAAAAAAUUCAUGAAUUUUCUAUUUGUCGACUUUUUUUCAAUUUUCGAAAUUUUCAGCCAAAACUUGGAUUUCUGGAACUGAAUUCUAAUAAUAAAAUCUGUUCACAAAAGGCUUCCCCCCAAAAAUUUUCCGCAAACAAAAAAUUGAAAAAAUAAUCUGAAAACAAAAUCUCUGCAAUUUUCCUUUUAUUUUUUCUUUCCACUUUUUCGCGCCUUUUUUUCAUUGAAAACCAAUUUCCGGCACUUUUCGAAGCUUUUUCUGAAAUUUUCAGAAAAAACAUUUAAGGCCAAAGUUUCAGAUUUGAAGUUUUCAGCCAAGAUUAUUUCAGGGCGAAAUAUCAACUUCAAAAAUUUGAGACCCUAGAACUACACCUGAAAAUUCUCGAUCCUAAAUUUUCAGCUCCAAAAAAAGAUCGAUGAAAAUUUUUAGUGCAAAAUAACACGAAAACUGAUGAUGAUUCGAAUUAAUUAGCAUAAAUUUUCUUUUUUUUCGAGCAAAAAAAUUUUUUUCAUCAUUUUUUUUUUCAAAAAGCAUGAGAGCAUUUUCAUGAGAAAAUCAGAAAAAGUUUCAAUUUUCAAUUUUUCAGAGGGCGUUCGAAAAAUCUCGUUGAUGGCCAGUACGGUGGCGUUUGAGUUCAAUAAGGCCACGUUAAAAUUACGGUAGGUGGCAUUUUUUGAAAGGGUACUGUAGUUUAUAGAAUUACUGUAGUUUUUUGGAGUAUCGUAUAUUUUUCUCCAAAAUGUAAUGUUUAAUUUUUUGCAGACGAUCACUUCAUUUAUCACCAUCAACGUCGCCAAAAUUUGAAAAUAGAAGAAUUGAGGGCGGAGAGGAUCCGCAUGAUUAUUUGGUCCAACCGUCGAGUACUAAAAGGUUGGUUUUGGAUUACUGUAAUUUCUCUGAGAAGGGUUACUGUAGUUAUUGAUUUUAUUUUUCUAACAGUACCUCACGUGGUGGUUCAACAAAAAAUCGACAACUUUGCGCCGAGCUUUCCUCAUUUGCCCUUUAUCCACUUUUUGGUGAGCAAACUUCUUCCCCUGAAGAAAAAUUCCAGAUUUUUAGUCGAAAUCUAUUAUUUUUUGCAGGAGCCCUGUCCCCAUCGCAUUUCUCAACACCUAACCUUUUAUUUCAAAACGAGCGAAAAAAGUCAAACUCAACCCGACUACUUCAAUUAACCGAUUCGGAUUUGUUGUAUAUUUUUCAACAAUUGGAUCGUGAGUUUUUUAGAGGCCACGUGGCAAUGUUUUUAGACCCAAAAAUCCUUGCAACAUCAACUUUUCCCCAAAUUUUUUGCAGCGCGCUCAUUAAUCCGUCUCUCUCAAACAUGUCAACGAUUUCGUCGCAUUUGUUGUGGUGCCGAAAAAUUGGCGCCACGCGACUCCAAAAAAAUCGACGUCACAUCGCACGAAUUGAUCAUCUCAUUCAAUCAGCUAAAAAAGCAGACUGAAGUUCGGCUAUUGAAAAAGGAUCGAACUAGACUGGACCCGAAAUUUGUCGGAACAUCGAUCGAAUCGAUGUUGCCAAUGUUUUCGAGAGUUUUGAGCAAGGUUUGUGGGUUUUGAGAAAUUUGCAAUUUUUUGACUGGAAUUUAUUAUUACAAUUAUUUUUCUGACAAAGCACGUUUUUUUCUUGCAGAUAACCUUUGAGACUAGUGUUUUUGUGUCGGAUUGGAUGGACGAAAUUCUGCGACUCUACAAAUCAAAUCGAUUCAUUCCACUUUGUCUCGUUUUUACGGGCGGUGCAUUAACAAAAGGAACAAGUCUAAAUGGAGCAGAUUUGAGAUGUUUGACUGAGCUCGAAUUCAUUGAUUUUGUGCAAAAAUUGCAGCCACAUUUGCAGGAAGUUCAGCUAGCCACAUCAAGGUAAGAAAAUUGGGAUUUUUAUAAGAAAAAUCAAGGUUUUCGGGUUUCUAGGCCAUCAAAACGGCUCUUGGUUUUCUAGGUCAUAUUGUUUCAGAUUAUUCAAAGCGACGCCUCGAAUCCUAAGCCUUAUUUCGGUUUUGUCGAGUUUUGGAAUUGUCUAUGAACGCCCUGCUCUAAGAUUUUAUGUGGAUGAAGUUGCUAAUGUUAUAAAGGUGAGUGACAUUAAACAUUUACUGUUUCAAAAUAUUUAUUAGUUUUUGGGGUAUAAUUUUUGAUAAGACGUUAAUGCAGCCUAGUUUCUCCUCGAGGCUAAUUGAGGAGAAACGUGUUGCACGUGGAGGCUAAAUUUCAGCUGCAACUUCGUCUAAUAUAGAGUUUAUCCUACAGAUUUGGCGCAACGAUAAUUUGGCGCGAAGUUGCGAUGUCUAUAUGCGCCGACCACGCGACGGAUCAAUCGAUAUUUGGCAAAAAUUUGGCGAAGUCGCAGAAUAUCGUGAAGAUCCUCAAACUGACGAAAUUCUCGUCUCAAAAAUCCACGUCAAACACUCGUUUCUUGUACAAAUUGAACUGGUUUUGCAUUUUCAUUAG